AUGCACUCAUUAGGAUCUAAGAUAAUAAGAAUUUCAGAAGAUUCAACAAGCAGAUCAGAGGACAGUGAUGGCAAUACACCCCAGCUUACUACUGAUUUUCCGGAGGAUACAACUGGAAGAUCAGAUGGAAGUGAUGCUUCUGUACCACAGCUUACCAGCGGUCUCCCUUCUUAUGUAAACAAUGCUGCAAGCAAUGCAAAGAAGCCAAUUACAGGCCCUCCUGAGCUUAAUAAAGUUCUUCCAUCUUCGCGUGACAUUAGCACAAUAACCAAACCUUCAAAUGAAGCUGAUCUCCCUGUUGAUGUGUUGUUACUGACAGUAAAGGAUUGUGAGUUUUUAGCUUGUUACAGUGAGCUAAAAAACCCCUAUAGAUGUUAUUUUGAUGGUCUUGGAUAUGUUUACUUUUCUGAUGUGGAUAGAAGGCAAGAGAAAGUUAAAGUCGCAUUAUUAAAAUGUUAUGAAAAUAGUAGUGGUCCUGGUGGCUCUCUUGUCUCUGUUAUGAAGGCAACCACUGUGCUCAGACCUAAAGCAGUUGUAUCUGUUGGUACGUGUAGCAGUCUUCACCCUGAGAAAUGCAAGUUAGGAGAUGUUGUUGUGCCUGCCAAAAUAGCAACAUAUGCUCCCAAAGUAGUGAUCAAUAAUCAAGAACAGUCAACUGGCUUGAGAAAUUGUGUGAGCAAACGUUUUCUGGAUGUCAUUAAGAACUGUAAAGAUGGCUGGCAAGCACCUUUGAAGAACCAGUCUGAUGCUCAGCAAGUUCAAGUUCAUACUGCUGCAGAGUUUCUGAGUGGACCAGAAAAAGUCAAUUCUGGGCAGCGGCGUGAUCAACUUGCUGAAACCAAUCCUCAGGCAAUAGCAAUGGAAAAUGAAGGAGAAGGUAGGCCAACUGCUUUUUUGCAGCCAGUCUUUAUAAGUAAAGGUGCACACAGUUAGGUCAAGUUUUGCUUGAGGAGGUGGAAAGAAACACAGUAGCAUGCAUCAUACUUGUACUGGGAAAGCAAAAAUUGUGUUUCCUUUAAAGCGUCAAAAGGUCGGUAGUUUGGCACUUUAAAUCAUGUCUGUUAGUUUCAUUCGGAAAUCCUCUCGUUUCUGCUAGAGAAAUAAUUGUCAUAUUGCCUAAAACAUUAUGUGGCUAAAUCAAAUUUAGCCUAAGUUUAACUCUUGACAUGGCUGGCCAGUUAAGUUAGUCUUUCAAAUGAGAAGGCUCUUCAGGGACCCUGGGGAAUUCACAGCUUCUCUGUUGAGGUCAAUUGUUCUGCUCCUUACCCAGCCUUCCUUUUGGUAAGUACAGUGGAACCCCGUUAACACUGUCACUAAUGGGUCAAAACAAUUUGGCCACGUCAACGGGGUGGCUGUAUCACAAGGGCAGGGUCAAACUUCAUGACUUGAGGACUGUAAUGACAAGCACAUCAUACAUCGCUGUCGCACUUCUUGUACAACUCUGUUCUCUUAAGUAAAUAACAGGAAUGUAGAUAUCACACACCAUAGUUGUAAAAACUACUUGAAACUCCUUUAGGACAUAAAACAGUUUUUAAAAAUCGGCUAUUAGACCACCACAAAAUACAUUGUAAGUGACUAUACUUUAAAAAUAGUAGAAAAACAAGCUCAGCUUAAUUACUAGGUCAAUGAAAUUGACAUGUUACAGGCAUUAAUCAGUUUUCAAAAUUUCUGACAAGUGGCGGUUUUAGUGGGGUGAAAUAUUUUAUUGUAAAAGAUGCUACUGUUUGGGAUUUUAAAAUAUGGCAAUUGGCCACAUCAAUGGGUGACUGUGUUAACAAGGUUUUUUCAUUAGAAAAUGUAUGGCCAUUUUGCCAGGCCAAAAAUAACAAGGUGACUGUAUUACUAAGGUGGCCACUUAAUAAAAGCUCCACUGGUUAGCUGUGAGAUGGUGCCUGAAUUAUUGCCACUCGAAGGGUUGUCAUGGUUAUGAGCAGCUGCACUCGACUGCAGUUUCCUGGCUCCACAAGCCUUGCAAGCACCUCCACCCACACUCAUCUUUGUUGAUAAAUUUAAAUUACACUAUUAUGAAACUUAUACAAAAAUGGCUGCCAACAUCUCCCACUGUCUGGUCAAGUUUCUUAUUUUGCUGAUGAAGACACUUAAAUGAAACAGGACGUUUCUCAAAACUCAUGUACUGUUUGUUUUGUUGUUCUACAGGCGUAUUUACAGCAGCAUUUGAUUGUCAAAUUGAGUGGUUAAUUGUGAAAGGAAUAGCUGACUAUGCAGAUGGUUCUCAUUUAGCUUCAGAGAGUUGGUCUUCCUGUGCCAGUGUGAUGGCAGCAUCUCUUGUUGCACACAUGUUGAAUGAACCCCGUGUUUUCCAUUCAUGGCCUCAUUAUCAAGGUAAUCAUGCUAUCAUAAAGUGCUGCCACAUCUUGGCAUCUGAUGUAUUGAAUCUAUUGUUGGAUUCGUUCCAUAGUACAGUCACAGAUAAGCUACAUGGUACAUGUAGCUUAUGUGGUGUAUGCCAUCCCAAAUUCAGCUGUCCAACACUCACCACUUGUUCAAGUUGUUUAAGUUGAGAUUCAAGUAGUAUAGUGAAUGUGAUACAUUUCUGUAAAAUAACAAGAAGCAUUAGAAGUGUGCAUCUUAUUAAAAAGGGACCAGUACGGUUUGAGAUAAUUUGCAAUAUUUAGAAGCUAUCAUGAUAGACCGGAUUAUACCGUAAAUCCUCUAUUAAGCCCCCCUCUUCUCAAAUAACCCCCCUCCGUCUUAUAAUCCUCCCUUCCCUCCCCUAAUUAUUCUUUACUAAUAAGGAUGGAUGGUUUCAUACCAACUGGAAGUUUGGAUUUGAUUCUGAUCCUCCGUGCAUGACCUUAAACCUUCUUGUACUUGAGCUUUUCCACUUGGUUUUGUAGUUCUCUAUGGAGAGCUGAUACCAUCGUCUUUUCUAAAUUAAUUGAGCCCUCCCACCACAUCUCAAAGAAGGAGGAUUUACGGUAGUGAUAUUUUGACAUUUGACAUGCAUAUUUUAGACAGUGGUGAAAAUAUUAUUAUUAUUAUUAUCGUUUUAUUCGUCAUCAGUGAAUUAAUAAAAUAUCAAUUUUGUUAUCAAACUAAUGAGUGUUUUUUCUUCAGGACCGCAACCACAAGAGUUAAUCACCCACUAUGAUGAAACCUCAGUCGCUCCUUUCAUCGAACGUAUGAAGAAACAUGUCCGAGAUGUCACUGACAAACCUUACAGAGACCUCAAAUCACCUUUUCAUAAUCCAGGCGAAGGACCUAGAAGAGAUCUAAAACUUGACGAAAUCUUCACCAAUUUGAUUGUUUAUGAAGGGAGAGCGAAGUAUGACUUUUCAGGAGACAGAGUGAAACAGCUAAACGAGUACCACAAAGCCAAUGAAAGUUUACGACCAACACUGCCAGGAGAUAUUUUUAAUGCUAAAGAGCAGAAGAUUCUUGUUGUCGGUCGUCCUGGAAUUGGAAAAACCAUGUUUAGCACAAAGAUUCUUCGCAACUGGGCGUCCGAUAACCUUCUCAACGAAACACAAAACUCGCAAGUCGAUUUUAAAGUUGCCUUUCUCGUUAAGCUGAGAAUGUUUAACUCUAGAAAACAAGAACUAAAUCUUCGCGAGAUUCUGGAUCACUCAGAGUAUUCAACCGCUCUUUCCGAAGAGCUCUGGAACUACAUCCGCCACAACCCAGAGCGAGUACUGUUGAUUUUUGAUGGAUUUGACGAAUAUACUGGUAGGACUAAAAUAAAUGAAGAUGACAUUCCGUACAGAAACAGUGAAGAGGAAACGAUGCCUGUUUAUUUCCUUAUGAAGAAAAUAGUAGAGGGAAAAAUUCUUACCGGUGCGACAAUCCUAACGACUACAAGACCCAAUGCCGUGUCAUGUAUGAGAAGUCUUGACUUCGACAAAACAGUUGAAAUUCUGGGAUUCUCAACUGAGCAAGUAAAUAAUUAUGUAGAGAAGUUUACAAAGGAGGCGGACAAAGCGGAAACCAUAAAGCAACACAUCAGCAGUAACUUAAACCUUGUAGCCUUCUGCUACGUUCCUGUUAAUUGCUUUAUCAUUUGUAGUUGCUUGUUAGAGUUGCUUGGUAACACUGGCUUUACCAGCCUCCCGACGAGACUGACAGAAAUAUACUCAAUUGCAGUAAGGAUGUUUUACUUUAGCUACGAUGAUGAUCAAUAUCGCCACAAUAAAACUGAAGGUCAACAGUAUUUUCUUAAGCCGUUUAAGGAACUGCCUUCCUCUGUGCAAAAUGUGUUCACACGACUGGGAAAAAUUGCUUUUGACGGAAUUAAAAACGGAAGACUAAUUUUUGAAUCACACGAAGUUAACGACCUAGAGAGUAAUGGCCUGUUUCACCGUUUACCUGAUUUUAGAGACCGUCCUUUAGCAGAGGGAAGAGCGCAAUAUUGCUUUUUACACCUGACCUUACAGGAGUUCUUGGCGGCGAAGUAUUUGGUGGACACGUUGAGUUCCGAACAACUGCGGGGUUUUGUUUCCGAUCACAUCAAGGAUGGCGCGUGGAAGGUUGUGAUGCAGUUUGUGGCUGGACUGCUGGCUGAAAAAGAAGGACAAUCAACAGAUAUUUUCAGCGACCUUCUUCCCUCAAAAACGGAUACUAUAAUAGUUAAAAUCAAGAUGAAUGAAGAUUCAGAGGAACGAACUGAAACACUGACCUGUUGGCCAGCUCGUGAAGACAGGUUAUUAGUGGUGACGCUAUUCAAUUGCAUGUAUGAGAACAAAGCCUCUGAUCGAGAAGUUCAAAAGAAACUGGCGAAAAUUGGUUGUAAUGCGCUUGAUUUUAAUGGGUGUAACCUGUCACCUCUCGACUGUUUAGCAUUAGUGCAUGCACUUAAAUCUGUUGAAGGAAUUUUGGAUUUUUAUUUAACCAACAAUAAGCUUCAGUCGCUAGGAUGUAUUGAGAUUGCGAAGUUGUUACCUGGCAACCAACACAAUCAGGGUUUUUGCGAACUAAAAAGAUUACACCUCGGGGGUAACAACAUAACUGGUGAAGGAGUUAAACAUUUAGCUACAGCACUCACACACACUAACUGCACACUAAACAGCUUAGACCUCGAAAAUAACAACAUAACUGAUAAAGCAGUUAAACAUUUAUCUACAGCACUCACACACACUAACUGCAAACUAAACAGCUUAUACCUCGGGUAUAACAACAUAACUGAUAAAGCAGUUAAACAUUUAUCUACAGCACUCACACACACUAACUGCAAACUAAACAGCUUAUACCUCGGGUAUAACAACAUAACUGAUAAAGCAGUUAAACAUUUAUCUACGGCACUCACACACACUAACUGCAAACUAAACAGCUUAUACCUCUGGGGUACCAACAUAACUGAUAAAGGUAAAAAUCUCCUAAACUCAAUGAACAUAAACUGUGAAGUAAUUAUCUAA